AUUUCCAACGUCAACAGUUUUGUUUGUUAUUGUCCGGUUAAACAUUUCAGAAUGAGUCUGCCUUUUUUUCCCGAAUUAAAGCCAAGAUUAAUCGAUGCGUCUUGGUUUGAGGUUGAUGGGCCAGUAGAUGACGAGGAUGAAGUCAGCACUCUAGAAAAGGAACACCAACAAUGGCUCCACUUAAUCUCCCAAAAAAACUCAGAUUUGGCACCCAUAGGAAGAACUGCUCUUGAUGAUUUGGAAGAUGACGAGGAAGAUGAUGAAGAUGAUAAUGACGACGACGACGAAACGGAUAGUCAUGAUGAAGAGGAGGAGGAUGAAAUAGAAAUGGAUGUAUCUCAGGAUAGAAAUUCUCCAGUUGAUGUUCGAAUGAGAUUUGUACAAGGACAUGGUGUGAGAUGAAGUCUGAUCUAAUUAUAUUGUGUAAGAUAGUUCUAGGUAUAAUCAAAUUGAUUUAAAUUUUAUUAAAUACAUCUUAAAAUUCGUAAAA